AUGACGGUCGUGUGCCACCAGGGCCUGGUGUUAGCAGGUAGCGCCACUUUGGCUACCAUGGGGACCCUGGUCCUGUACUCAGGGACACCCAGCAGGUACGGGAAACACAGUCAGAGCCUGUCGUCGAGAUAUGCCCGCCUGCCAGCACGCGUCGCCUGGUUCCUACAGGAGCUUCCCUCUUUUGCCGUGUCAGUAGGGAUGCUCGCUUGGCAGCCCCGCUCCCUCUUCGGACAGCCCGGGAACCUGCUGCUGGGUCUCUUCUCCUCACAUUACUUCCACAGAACAUUUAUUUACUCCUUGCUCACCAGAGGGAGGCCUUUCCCAGUGUCAUUAUUUCUGAGAGCCACCGCCUUCUGCACAGGAAAUGGAUUUCUUCAAGCCCACUAUCUGAUUUACUGCGCAGAAUACUCUCAGGAGUGGUACACAGAUGUCCGGUUUAGCUUGGGUGUCUUUCUAUUUAUUUUGGGAAUGGGAAUCAACAUCCAUAGUGACUGCCUGCUGCGCCAGCUUAGGAAGCCUGGAGAAAUCAUCUAUAAGAUCCCACAAGGUGGCUUGUUUACGUAUGUUUCUGGAGCCAAUUUCCUGGGUGAAAUCAUUGAAUGGAUGGGCUAUGCCUUGGCCACCUGGUCCAUUCCAGCUCUUGCAUUUGCAUUUUUCUCACUUUGUUUCCUUGGGAUGCAAGCUUCUUACCACCACAGGUUCUACCUCCAGACAUUUAAGAAUUACCCCAAAUCUAGGAAAGCCCUUAUUCCAUUCGUCUUUUAA